AUGCGAUUUAGUGUGGUCAUUCCGGCACGGUAUGAGUCCAAACGACUCCCCGGGAAGCCCCUGAGCGAUAUUCACGGCCAGAGCAUGAUAGCCCAUGUGAUAGCGAGGUCGAAACUUUCAGGUGCCGAUGGAGUUAUCGUCGCUACCGACCACGCAGACAUUGCGGCUGAAGCUCGACGCCAUGGGGCCGAGUCUUGCAUGACCAGUGCGCAUCACCAGAGCGGCACUGAUCGACUGACUGAAGUCGUGGAGCUGUACCGAUUUCCUGACGACCACAUCAUUGUCAACGUGCAAGGCGACGAGCCGCUUAUUGAUCCUCGACACAUUGCGCUGGUUGCAGAAGACCUUGGUCUCUGUCUCGACAGCGUGGCGACGUUGGCGACGCCCAUUACAGAGAGCAAAAGCCUGUUCGAUCCCAACGUCGUGAAAGUCGUCUUCGACCAGAACAAUCGUGCCUUGUAUUUCUCACGGGCUGCGAUCCCGUGGGAUCGUGAAGGCGCCGUCACACACGACGAACCACUGCAGGAGCAAUUCUUCCGCCACAUCGGACUGUACGCUUACCGGGCAGGCUUUCUGAGGAAGUUCAAAUCAUGGUCCGACGCUUCAGUGGAGAGGAUCGAGCGCUUAGAGCAAUUGCGAAUACUGUUCCAUGGCGAAACUAUCCACCUCACUGUCACGGAGAAGGCGGACAGCGUCAGUGUUGACACAAUUGAAGAUCUGAAGAAGGUCCGACAGAUGAGCCCUGAUUUCUUUGCAGCUACUUUUUUGUGA